GGAACCAUGUGCACUUCCAGGCUGUACACCCUGGUCCUGGUGCUGCAGCCAUCCCGCGUCCUCCUGGGCAUGAAAAAACGCGGGUUCGGCGUCGGUCUCUGGAACGGCUUCGGGGGCAAAGUGCAGGCGGGGGAGAGCAUCGAGGAGGCUGCUCGCAGGGAGCUCCUGGAGGAGAGUGGACUGACUGUGGACACCUUGCAGAAGAUGGGUCAUAUCACAUUUGAAUUUGUAGGCAACCCUGAACUCAUGGAAGUUCACAUUUUCCGGGCAGAUGACUUUCAUGGAGAGCCAACGGAAAGCGAUGAAAUGCGUCCACAGUGGUUCCAGCUGGAUGAGGUGCCAUUCAAUCACAUGUGGGCAGAUGAUAUCUAUUGGUUCCCACUUCUGCUUCAGAAAAAGUUGUUUCGUGGCUAUUUUAAGUUCCAGGGACAAGACACUAUCCUGGAACACACUCUGAAAGAAGUGGAGGAAGUUUAA